CCCGAUGGAGGAGGGGGCGCAGGGCGGGUCCGGGUCCCGGAGGGUGAUGUGGCCCCGCCCGGCCGUCCCCGCCCCCUCGCCGCGUCCGGGCCUCGCUGGAGCCGCCGCCCGAGCUUCCGAGCGCCGCGGGCCGGCCGGAGGGGCGCACAGACCCGCGGACGCCGGGCCGGACGAGCAUGUGGAAGCUGAGCCGCAGCCGGGUGCUCCUGGACGAGCCGCCCGAGGAGGAGGACGGACUGCGGGGGGAGCCGCCGCCCAACGCGGACGCCAGCGGCGCGCAGGGAGCAGGUUUCCAAGGUUGGAAGGAAGUGACUUCGCUGUUUAAUGACGACGACGAGCAGCACCUGCUGGGAAGAUGCAAAUCUCCCAAGUCCAGGGGAACCAGCUUACGGUUGAAAGAAGAGCUGAAGACGGAGAAGAAGUCUGGGUUUUGGGACAAUCUGGUUUUAAAGCCGAACACACAGUCCAAGAAGCCAGACGAGAUCGAGGGCUGGGAGCCCCCGAAGCUUGCUCUCGAAGACGUGGCGGCCGAGUCGGGCCCCCUGAGCGACCAGGCGUCCCGGCCGGGCUGGGAGGAGGGGGCCAAGGGCUCCGGCAAGUACACCAGCCUGGCCGGCCCGGGGGGCAGCUCGCGCUGGAGCCUGCGCUCGGCCGGGAAGCUGGUCAGCAUCCGGCGCCAGAGCCGCGGCCACCUGACCGACAACUGGGAGGAGCUCGAGUGACCGGCCGGCCGCCAGCGCCGUCCCCGCAGCAGGGCCGCCCUCCGCUCAGUCUGUUUGCUGUAUCGGGUGUCUCCGUAGCCUCUCGAGUUUAGUCUUUCCAGGUUAGAGAGCGGAGCCCACUCUGCCCACAUUUCUUCUCCCACGCUGGCUAGGAGUUUCCAGACACUGUGACCACCUGCGGCAGCCACGCCACGCCACGCCACGCCACGCCGGUGUGUCUGCGUGUUUCUGACCUGGGGGUGCAGUUUCGGAUGCCGCCCCACAGGUACCAAACAGCACUCCCCGCCGUCCUCAGCUGCACCCGUUUGCCACACGACGCGGUGACUCCUGCGGUGACUCCUGCGAGGAACGUGGGAGCCGAUGGUGACACCGAACGUCACCGGGACGGACACGCGCCAGCCAGGGUCCGCGAGCCUGGCCCAGGCCGCGCCAGGUCGUGUUUACCCUGGAAAAUCAAACUUCUUCUCAAAUUAAAAAUCUGUCAGCAAAUCAAAUUCUAGAGAAGCGAACGCUGCCUGCCGCCGGCAGAGGACCCGCCCCCCCCGCCCCUAGGCGGUGGGUGGAGACGGCGCUGCGUGUGUUGAGGUUUUAUUUCUGCUGCUGGGCUUUUAAAUAUCGAUCUGUAUUUUCUUCUAAAAGCCUGUCGUGCUUUUUUAUUCCAGAUUACAGAAAACCCUCAAGUGUGGGUCACUGUUAGUCACUUGAUUCCGUACUUUUGCUUGGAAGCCGUUAACUUGCUCUUGACAGGGCUGCAACGUAUAAACACUGGAAGUGCCUCCUUCUAGAAUGCCCCCGGUGUUGUGUAAAAACGAGAUGCUGUGCGAUGCCGAAGGGCUGCGUCGGUGCCGUGCGGGUGGCACCGCGUCCGCGGGUCAGGGCCCGGACAGCCGUCCCGCGUGCGGCCCGCGCACCCAGCCGGGCUGGUUUGAGGGACCAGGCGUCGGUUUUCGUCACGAGAACCUCUGGCGGCACUGCAUCCCCGGGAGGAACAUCCCGGCUGCUCAGGGCUCACGGUGCUGCUCCACGGAGGGGCUCGGUCACUCCUGGGACCGGCCGCACGCCCCAUGCCUGGUGGGUCAGAGCGUCUGUCUGUCUGUCUGUCGUCUGCCAAGCAUCUGUCUGUUCCCCCAUCUGUUUUUCAGGAGAACAAGAAGUCUGCUUGACGGAGCCUGGGCACCGACGAGCUUUCAGUGGUGCUGGGGCUGAGCCAGGCGUGGGUCGGGUGGGGACUGUAAACCACACGUUUAUCUGCAAACAUUUAUGCAAAUGAGAUGUUGUUGUACGGGGUCCCGUGGAAAUGGCUCUGUGGGUCUUAAUAUAGGUAUUUAUUGGUGUGCUUCAGGAGAAAAGUAAUCUACCAAAGCGACUGUUUGUGCACAGGUCGAGAGAAAUUCGGGUUGGUUUGGGGAGUCUUGUUUGAAUUCUGUGUAUAGACAACUGUGUGAAGAAUGAGGUGUCUGCUCCUUCUACUAAUGUGUUAGUAUUUUUAAUACAAAAGCGAUGGCUGCAGAGGUCAAACCCACCCUUAAUGCUGAGGUUUUAAGAAAUAAAAGUAUCGUUUCUAUCGUCCCUCAUCGUUGGCCUGUCA